CUAAAUUAUUACAAUACCGAAGCAGGACGUUAAUGCUGGCAGCAAGCAGCUUUUGCUUUAUAAAUACAGGGAAACUGAGGCCUCAGUACUCCACACUCCACAGUGGCUUUGCAGUAAGCAGGGGUGGUUAGGUUUCAUUGGGUUGUUUUGGGUUUGGCAGCCAAAAGAUGGCUCUCUCUGUUGCCUCUCUUACCCUUCAAAUUCUUCUCUGUUUCUUUGCUGCUUCUGUGCUGCUCUGCAAUGGCUUCCCAACCCAAGACCACAAGACCCCAUUUCAUCGCCACCGCCGCUUUGCCAAACACAACUACAGAGAUGCACUCACCAAAUCUAUUCUCUUCUUUGAAGGUCAGAGGUCAGGAAAGCUUCCUCCUAACCAGAGGAUCACUUGGAGGAGAAACUCUGGUCUCUCAGAUGGCUCAGCUAUGCAUGUGGAUUUGGUUGGUGGGUACUAUGAUGCGGGGGACAAUGUCAAGUUUGGGUUUCCCAUGGCUUUCACCACAACCAUGCUUUCAUGGAGUGUGAUUGAGUUUGGUGGGUUAAUGAAGGGUGAAUUGCAGAAUGCUAAAGAAGCCAUUCGUUGGGGGACUGAUUACCUUCUCAAAGCUACUGCACAUCCAGACACCAUUUAUGUUCAGGUUGGUGAUGCUAACAAGGAUCAUGCUUGUUGGGAAAGACCAGAAGACAUGGAUACUCCAAGGAGUGUGUUCAAGAUAGAUAGGAACACACCCGGUUCGGACGUGGCAGCUGAAACAGCUGCUGCUCUUGCAGCUGCUUCUCUGGUCUUUAGAAGAAGUGAUCCUAAUUACUCAAAGCUUUUAGCCAGAAGAGCUAUGAGGGUUUUCCAAUUUGCUGACAAGUACAGAGGACCCUACAGUAAUGGGUUGAAGAGAGUUGUUUGCCCCUUCUAUUGCUCUUAUUCUGGGUAUGAUGAUGAACUGUUGUGGGGUGCUGCUUGGCUGCAUAAAGCCACCAAGAACCCAACUUAUCUCAACUACAUUCAAGUUAAUGGGCAGACCCUCGGAGCUUCUGAGUUUGAUAACACCUUUGGGUGGGAUAACAAGCAUGUUGGAGCAAGGAUUCUUCUUUCUAAGGCAUUCCUGGUUCAAAAGUUGAAAUCUCUCCAUGAUUACAAGGGCCAUUCAGAUAACUUUAUCUGCUCUAUCAUUCCAGGGGCCCCUUCCUCUUCAGCACAAUAUACCCCAGGGGGACUUCUGUUCAAGAUGAAUGACAGUAACAUGCAAUAUGUGACAUCCACAUCAUUUCUCCUCCUAACCUAUGCUAAGUAUUUGACCUCUGCACACAUGGUUGUUAACUGUGGUGGAACCACUGUCACUCCAAAGAGGCUAAGAGCCAUUGCCAAGAAACAGGUGGAUUACUUGCUAGGGGACAAUCCCUUGAAGAUGUCCUAUAUGGUAGGAUAUGGUCCAAGAUACCCAAAAAGGAUACACCACAGAGGCUCAUCUCUACCGUCCAUUGCUGCACACCCAGCCAAGAUCCAGUGCUCUGCAGGUUUCAACUUUAUGAACUCGCAAUCUCCUAAUCCAAACAUUCUUGUGGGAGCCAUUGUUGGUGGUCCAGACAAGAAUGACAGGUUCCCAGAUCAACGGUCAGAUUACGAGCAAUCCGAGCCGGCCACUUAUAUUAAUUCACCACUUGUGGGGUCACUGGCUUACUUGGCUCACUCAUUUGGACAACUUUAAACCAUAUCUAUAUUCUCCAAGUUCGUCGGUUUAGGUGUUUUUGAAUUAUCUUUUUUUUGUUUGUUUUAAAAUGUAAUAUUUCUCUGGAACUGCACUUCCUCGCGGGGUAAAUGCCAAAGGGCUCGAGCCCCAAACGGGGAAGCACAUGGGUCAAGGAAUAGAGACAGGUAGCCCGUAGGUUAGUUCGUUUCUUCUUUAUACGCAUCGUUAUUAAAAGUUGACAGUUCGCCUUAUGGUGUGAAAACAAGUGUUGUGCCAAGAACGGUGUGUCUAUUGUAAACGGGAAGCCGCUGCUUGCUUCUUUUUAGCUAUAGCUUGUGUUGGAACUUGGAAUUUGUCUACUAGGGUUUUAACUUCCA